AUGUCGCACCCUGUCGACCUCACAGACUCGGGAAUUGUUAUGGCAGAGCAGACUAGCCACGAUGUGGUAAAACAAACCCUGUCGGGCGGCGACUCUUCGCCUUCCGACGUUCCUGCGAGCACCAACGACAAGCACACUGCUGGAGGGGACGUGGGGGAGUUCAAUCAUACCGCUUCAACAUCGCAACCCGAGAUCACGGUCAACACGCCACACGACGAGCAGAGGACGGACGCCGAAUCUUCGACGGAACGGAAUGAAUCGGGAAGGACCGCUGGGAAGUCGUCAACUGAUAUCUCGAAGCAGAGUCCGGGGGCGGUAGCCACGCGAGCACUGGAAAUGAACGGAGUAGCGUCGGGGUCGGACGCUGGGGAGGAUACGGCUUCGCUGGGCGGCUCGGAAUCCGAUGCCAGUCGGACAGACGGCAAACUGGGCUCACGUCCGAAGAAGCCCGCAUCCUUCAAGCCGGUCAGCUUCGCCAAGUUUUCGGUUCCCAAGGCCCCGGGUGCUUCUCCAACGAUCAAACCAGCGGAAAAAGCCCCUCUGUCUAGUUCGAGCACACCCCUGGGGACGCCGCCGGCGAGCUCAAGGCCGCGUCUGGUCGCGAAAACUACGAGCAGCCUACGAGACGCUUUGUCAAAGACCGGACCCGGCGCAGCUAAACCAGGAGCACACGGCCCGGACCCCAAUCAAGUGUGGAAUAAGAAUCGACCGGUACAACAAACACCCCCGAAGAAUCUGACGGAUGAAGAACUGAAGCAACACUAUGGAAUCCACUUGACAUCGCGCAUUCAAGAAGACGGUGGCGGAACGGAAUCGAAAUGGGCCGAUAUCGACGAUGACGAAGACGACUGGGCCCCGGAGACAAUCGAAUGGACGGAUGGGACAAAGAGCAACCUGAACCAGCCGCCAGAGCCGGAGCCGGAACCAGUGCCAGAGACUGCGCCGCCGGUCAUCCCUGAUGACAGGGCGCCUGCAGAACCUGCGCAGCAAGAGCUCUUGCCUCGUGAAGUGGAGAUUGGGCAAGAGGUCUUGCCCCGUGGAGUGGAGACUGCGCAAGAGGUCCCUCCGGUUGAACACGUUGCGAUCACCAAGGAGACACCCAAGUUUGUUCCGAAACCUACAACUUCUGUCGGCCCGAAUCCGACAAUUCUGCGACUCGGGGCGAACUCAGAACGCCAGAUCAGGAGUGGAAGCUUCAUGAAGGGACCCGGCGACAAAUCUCUGUCGUCGUCCACCAGCCCCGCCCCUCCCCCUCCUGUCAAAUCGCCAUGGGCACCACUGCCUCCGGUGGAGAAGAUGUCCCCCGUUAUGCCGCCCGUUCAGGUUCAACCGUUGCAGCGCCCUCCUGUGAAAGAGCCCGUCCGCCAUGAUGGUUUCCAGGGACCCCCACCGCCGAAGGAGAUCGCUGCAGAUGAUUUCAACCGUGUAUGGAGGGAACAGUCCGGUACCCGCGAGCUCUAUAACUCGCGAUCUGGUCGUUAUGAACCCGUCGCCGAACCUCGAAAGGGCACUUGGCGCGCCGAGCAGAACGCGCGGACUCCUUCUGUGCUGCAAAGGCCCGCGCCUAGUGAGCAAUCCGGCCCUGCCGAGCCCUCCGCGGCUUUCCAAACCCAUCGGUCCAGCGGUCAAGAUGGCAUGCAUUGGCCGCGCCGCCGGACGUCAUCUAACGUAAGUGGAGGGAGUGGCAGCUUUGGUCGUCGGAUGUCGAUCGGUCGACCUGAUGCUGCGCAACGUUCAUUUGACAAUAGGAGAGGAUCCCUGGUCAAUGGAAUGGUAGACCCGUCGCUACAGGCCAGAGAGGUAGCACCGAGAGAUAUCCACAACCGCGAACUUUCACCGUCGCGGCGUGGUCCAGGGGCUCCUUGGCCUCAACGCAACGCUGGGCCCGUAUAUGACCAAGGCCCAGCCGCGCCUGGUGUAGCUGAAGCCCCAGCGGGUCCCCAUCCCGCCGAAGACAAUCAUGUUGCGGUACCACAGGCACCGCAAGCACCCCAGGCACCCCAGGCACCCCAGGCACCCCAAGAAGAUCCGGUUGCAAUACAACAACGGAUCAUGAAGGAGAAGCGGAUGGAAGCCCGGCAGCGAAGAAUCGAGCAGGAAGAGAAGGAAGAAGCGGCCAAGCGCGAAAGAAUUCGGCAAAAGCUCGAAGCGCUGGGCCCGGCACCGGCAAAGCCGGCGGAAAAGCGCAAGGAAUCAGUCGAUGGCGGCCGACCCGAAGCGCAUUCACCGGCAGCCCCCGCGCAUGUCAUACAGUCGCCGCCCAAACCGCCGGUGCCGGAACCCACUGGGGAACCGAAACAAUAUGGAAUGAUGAAAGUCCAUCACCCGGAUACCGUCAAAAAGCUCGUUGGGAAGGAAAGGCCGACGGAGAGCGCUCCGAACGCUCGCCGCGCCCCGUCGCCGCACCGCGAACCCAGGCCCGAACCUACCGUGGCCAAUGGAUUACAGCAGUCCGAUGACACCCAAGCGCAGGCCCAUGAUAACAUUCCUGAAGCCAAGGUCGACGAGCAGAGUCCUCAAUGGAGAGGUGGCCUCAAUGUCCCUCCCAAUGCCCCUACCAAUGCUCCUACCAAUGCCCCUACCAAUGCUCCUACCAAUGCCCCUACCAAUGUCCCUACCAAUGUCCCGACGACAUAUUCGCCGUGGUCUGCAAACGCCAAGCUCGUCGGAACUUCCCCUUCCCUGUCAAAUCCUUGGAAGCCACUCAGCAAUGACAAGACCCUCGGCAAUGGCAUAUUUGAACAAGGCCUUGGAGGGUUCCCAUCUCGGGACAUCUCCCUACGAAGCCACUUUGGGUUAGAGCAGCCGGCUCUUCCCCCGGGGUCUCAGCCCUUCUCUGCUCCAUCCCGUUCUCCGCAGGACAGUGCGUCGAUAUCCCCCUUGCCCUCCCCAGAGGUCCGGUUCAUACCCCCUCCUUCUAUUGUGCGGCCGGGUCCGAUUGGACCCCCCAGCUCCCAGCAGCAUCACCGGCAACACGAGAACCGUGUUGCUGGCACAACGGCUUGGAACAACUUCCCCGCCGUCGCCGCAAAGCGCGAGGCUGAAGAAAGCGAGAAACUUCGGAAUGAGAUGAGUUCGAUUCGGGAGGGCGCGACGUCACUCCCAGUCGCGUUUAAUGAGACCUGGCGGCAGGUCCGCACAGGGGACCAAGUCGGUCAGAGACAGGUUGUCGGAAUCUCCAGGUCCACUGACAGCAGUGCGCCGCUCCCGAAUCCCCUUGCCGCUAUUGAACCCGCUGUCAGCACGCUCCCAUUCACCGAGACUCAUGCACGCCCAAGUGGCAGCGUCCCUGUCCGCAGUUCGAGGUUCUUCCCGCAGGUCACGGAACAGAAGAAGUCGGCUUUCGAGGAAUCGGAUUACAUGCGUAGUCCUUCGCCACCUCCCCCAGAAGAAAUGGCGAGCCAUCCCGUCUUCACCGGCGAUUCGCACAAGCCUUUGGUGCAUCUUCCUGGGCCGAAGCCUAUCGUCAAACUUCCCCCGAAGGUGGUCGCUCAACCUCAAGCACCUCCGACUUUCGCCUCUAUGGUUGCCGCACCCCCGCGGACAGCUCCUGUAUCUACCGCGACUUCGUGGCAAGAGAAGAUCGACUGCCUUUUCGGGAAGAAAACGGCACACGAGAAGAAGAGCGCGUUAGCGGUCACGUCGUCGUCUAAAGAGCCGCUUGAUGUACCAUUGCACAUCGCCGCCGUCUCGGUGUCCCUCCCCAAUAAUGGAGAGCUUCCCGUUGGAGACGGUGAGGUCAUUGCCAGGCAAGUUGAGGAGGUAGAGGAGAUGUUCGAGGACCGUGAAGCAGGCUCUCUGCCUGUCGUCCGAGUCCCUACCAUGGCCCCCGCCGCGGCUUGGACGGCAGCACCACCCCCUUCCCAAUCUCGCCUACGUUCGAAGCAUCUCAAGGCGAUGCAGGUCCACAGCGUUGAGCCAUUCUCAUUUGGACCUUACGACAAGGAUCAGUCUGGGAAUGUCCGAAUCAACGUUCGUCUUUCCGGUGUAAGUGCCCCGAAGACGGUUGUCCUUCCCAAGAAAGCCGGAGGCCAACAUUCUCGACCACGGGGACCUUCAACCUUCAAAUCACGAAGGAGUGGAAAGCCCCGCGAGACAGCUGGAGGCUCGAAUCCCAAGAAAUCGACGUCUCAACAAACAAGCGGAACUGGAUCUCCGCGCCACCAGUCCAAAGGCAACUCAGGCAACAAUAACAACAACAACAACAACUCCUCCUGGGGUCCACGCAGCUUCAGCGGCUCCCGUUAA